AUGACCAGAAGGCAGAAGAAGACAGCGAAGGUGGUUACAGGGGUAAUGGGACUGUGUAUUGUCGCUUACAUUGCAGGACCGUCUCUGUAUUGGCAUCUCAACGAGUCCAUUGCAGAAUCCUCUUGUCCACCUUGUACCUGUGACUGUUCUUCUCAGCCUCUUCUCUCUAUCCCCGAAGGACUGAAUCACAGUUUCUUGGAUUGUAUGAGGCGCGACGAGGCAAGUGAAGAGAACGAGAGUAGUUUCACGGAAAUGGUGGCUGAAGAGCUGAAGCUGAGAGAAGCACAAGCGCAAGAGGAUGAAUGGCGCGCAGACAGGUUGCUACUAGAAGCUAAGAAAGCGGCGUCUCAGUAUCAGAAAGAGGCUGAUAAAUGCAGUAUGGGAAUGGAGACUUGUGAGCAGGCAAGGGAGAAAUCAGAGGCUACGUUAGAUGAACAGAGAAGAUUGUCUUACAUGUGGGAGCUUCGAGCUCGGCAAAAAGGAUGGAAAGAAGGAAUUAACGUUGUUUCCUCUGAUGUUCUCUAA